CGCAAAAAGCAUUCUCAACCCUAACCGAUAGUGGUCAGAUGUCACCCGGCCCUUGCGUGAAAUGCUGCAGAUGUCUGGCAUCGUGCGCGCAUUGCGCGGCAGACCCCAUGCAUAAUCAGAAAAGACGACCUCUGGAAGAAAAGGGCCGGCAGCAGGGGAACCUCCGGAGCAAGCAUGUGGAGCACCACGUCAUCCCAUGGCAAAGAUACACGAUGCUAAUCUUUGUUAACCUCUCGGUCAAUGGUUUUACGAUAUGUCCAGUCAAGAUGUUACUAAACAGUGCCUCGCAUUUUCGCAACGACCUGAUGCACUCAUGCGGGCAUCGGCGAGUGCAUGAAUCACUUGCAUCCUGCGCGCUGCCCACACCGUCACUGACGCCUAGCUAUUUACUUGUUCUGCUUCCUAGUAUUAUCCAGCAUCUCUGGUACAACUCAAACCGUGGGUAAUCUUUAGCAGAAGAAGACCACGAGCCAUAUAGCGAUUCAAAGAAGCCUGUCUAAUAUAUCUCGUCCUG